ACUUCACAAAACAUUUGCGUACGCUCUUUGCCUGCGUUCAAGCACAUAGAUGUCAUGAACAUGACGCUAGCAGUCUCAGCAGUGGAUGGUUCAGUAGUAGAGGCGACCUCACUUGUAAAUAGCGACCCUUGUAAGGUGCCUCCUACGCGACCAACAAAAGCGAAGCGCAACAUGUACUGUUAUUGUGAAUCUGACGGCCGAGAUGGACGGUUUAUGAUACAGUGCGACGGAUGCAAGAACUGGUAUCACGGCGAAUGCAUAGAUCCUCCAAUGACAGAGGAUGACACCCAGUAUUUGACCAAGUUCUACUGUGCGGAGUGUGAGGCAACGCAUGGGAAGAGUAUCUACAAGGAGCCCACGCGAAAGUCAAAGCGAGAUAGAACGCAAAUAAAUUACAGCGAACUAAACCAAGGCGUGGCUGUGGAGGAACACCGUUUUACAAAGUUGUUGAGAGCGCGAUCUUUCGCCCCUGACAGAUUUCAACGGCUCCAGGGCCGAGAUGUAACGUUGGACUGGGCUCGAACUACAGGUUUGAAAGAGCCCAUUGUCAUUGAGAGUCCGGAAGGACUGGACAUGUGCAUGCCAGACAAGAGUUUGAUUGUCAAUCAAGUGGCGGACCUGUGCGGGAGGGAGCGAGAAGUGGAUGUCAUUGAAGUAGCUACACAAUCGGAACGCAUCAUGACUUUGGACGAGUGGGCAAAGUAUUUCCACCAGCCACCAGAGAAGCGAAAGCGAAUUUUGAAUGUCAUAAGCUUGGAAAUUAGCCAAACACCGCUAGGGGACCAAAUUAAGCGUCCCCGGCUUGUCCGCGAGCUUGACUGGAUCGAUAAUGUCUGGCCCGUUGAUCUCAAGGCAAAAGAUGAUUAUCCACGCGUCCAGCUGUACUGUUUGAUGAGCGUGAAAGAUAGCUACACAGACUUUCAUAUAGACUUUGGUGGGAGUUCGGUAUUCUACCAUUUACUCUCCGGUCAAAAGGUAUUCUACUUCAUCGAGCCAACAAAAACGAAUCUACGAAAGUAUGAAAAGUGGUCGUCAUCGCCAGAUCAAUCGAAUAUCUUUCUUGCAGAUGAGAUUAAAGGAGGCGCAAUUGAAGUGUGUCUCUACGCCGGCAACACGAUGAUUAUACCAACUGGAUGGAUACAUGCCGUAUAUACGCCAGCGGAUUCAGUCGUAAUAGGUGGAAAUUUUCUUCAAGGGCUGAAUAUCGGAGGACAGCUUGACAUCUACGAAAUUGAAAAGCGAACCUUGGUACCUGCGAAAUUCAGAUUUCCUUUCUUUGAGAAAAUGCAGUGGUAUGCAGCGAAGGCUUAUCUCGGCAUACUAAAAGAACAUGCUGCUCAAAUAUUAUCGAAGUGGGAACUAGAUGGCUUGAAUGUCCUCAUCAACUUCCUUCAAGAAAUCGCCACACGUGUGAGCGAUGUAAACCGUUUGAAGAAGGAAGAGAGAAAAGCGCUGAAGCGAACCAUUCCCCAAGGGAUAAAGAACGUACAGAAGCUUCUACGGAAACUUCAGAAGCAUGUAAAUGCGGCACGGGCUGAGAUGGGGAUAGACAAACCGAAUCCGCCACCUUCAAAGUCUGCUAGUUCCUAUUCGCUACUAGCAGGUCCAUCCGACGGCGUGAAUCUUAAAGAGCAUGAGAAGGAUCUAAGUGAGGCGGCCACAAACGCAGUUGACCUCGAUUCGCAUCCGAAUGCGACGAUCAAAGCUGAGAUUCACACCUUGCAAGCGGGGCAUUUGGAGCAAAUUGAAAAUGAAUCAUUGAUCGCGCAUGGGAGCGCCAUUGAUGAUGACUCGGAUGAAUGGCUUUCAGAUUUAACCGAAAUGGAAUUUUUGGAUUCAGACAAUGAUGAUGAGCCUAUUGAUGAUGAAGAUGACGGCGAGUAUAUGGACGAGGAUGAUGAUGGAGUCGUCCACACGGACGAUGGCCAAGCGUAUAUUCCCGGCGGUAACACCAGAAAGGCAAAGCGAAAACCAGAGUCCGAGUCUGAUGAUGCCAGCGACGAUGCAGAUGAUGGUACACGUGCAACUCGAAAAAAGAAAGGGCGAUCCUUGGGAUAUAUCAGAACCAGUACAACUAUCAGAAGUGACACCUCAAAGGUGAUAGAUGUACCCCAUAUCGCACCCCCUGCUCAGAGCAAACCGUGCGUCACGUCCUUGCCAAUUCGUAAAGAGAGUAUGGCGACUAAUCCACCGAAGGCCGCUGUUACCGGAAUGUAUCUGCCACCACCACCGCAACCACCUCCAACUAGGGAAGUGAGCAACACAGCUAGUAACCAAAUCAUUAGCAACUCAUCAGAUGAGAUGAAACCAACCAUCGCGAAUACAGCAGUGAACGUUUCUGCACCGAAGAAAGAGAAAAAGCCUGCCACUGUGUACCAGCGUAUGUCAAAGACAAUGAGCCGACUUGGAAAGCGUCGGUGACUGUAGUUAGCGUGGCAGGGAUGUAGAUAUUGAGGCGCACUUAGGCCAUUGUAGUUUUAAGGAAUUAUAUUUAAAUAGGAAGCCUCGCUGAAUUAUGU